GGCGGUGGAGGCGUGGUUGCCGGGGUGACUGCGGGAUGGGGAAAGAGCAGGAGCUGCUAGAAGCCGCUCGUACCGGAAACCGGGCAGUGGUAGAGAGAUUGCUAGGGGGUAAGAGAUUAAGUGGAGCCGGUCAAGGUGGAUCUUCAGGGGGCGGGCCUGGGGCGAGUGGAGGAGUGUCUGUUAGUCACCCACUAAGUAGUCUGCUCAGCAUUUGGCGUGGACCCAAUGUGAAUUGCGUUGACAGCUCAGGAUACACUCCUUUACACCAUGCUGCUUUAAAUGGUCACAGGGAAUUGGUAGAAGUUCUGUUGAGGUAUGAAGCUGUAACAAAUAUCGCAGAUUGUAAAGGAUGUUUUCCAUUGCAUCUAGCUGCAUGGAAAGGAGAUGCCUAUAUUGUGCGUCAACUCAUUCAUCAUGGACCUUCACAUGCUAAAGUUAAUGAGCAGAAUAAUGAUAAUGAGACAGCCCUGCACUGUGCUUCACAAUAUGGACACACUGAGGUGGUUCACGUUUUGCUGGAGGAAUUGACUGAUCCUACAAUGCGAAAUCACAAGAUGGAGACACCACUUGAUCUGGCAGCGCUUUAUGGGCGUUUGGAAGUAGUGAAGCUCCUUCUGAAUGCACACCCUAACUUACUGAGCUGCCACACACGGAAGCACACCCCUCUUCAUCUGGCAGCUCGCAAUGGGCACCGAGCCGUUGUCAGAGUAUUGCUGGAUGCAUCUAUGGAUAUCAACUAUACGACAGAAAAAGGAAGUGCAUUACAUGAAGCUGCUUUAUUUGGGAAGGCUGAUGUAGUUCAGAUGCUUCUAGAUGCAGGAAUUGAUGUCAACAUAACAGACAGCAAAGGAAUGACAGCACUAGACAUUGUCCAGGAGUUGCCGUCUCAGAAGAGCCAGCAGAUAGCUUCACUUAUACAGGGUCACACGUCAGUGUGGACAGCAGCAAGAGAGCCAGAACUGAAACCUGCACCAUUGCCUAGUAGAUCUAUGUGCACUGAUUCUCAAGGGGGGAGUAUGCAAAGACCAUUCCUGGAUAUGCGUUUGGAUUUAGACAGCAUAUCGCAGUCGGAAUCCCCUUAUGAAGCGCUAAACAAUGCCUCUUCUUGUCAAUCUUUGGAUUGUAUAUGUAGCGGGCACUCCUCUGACAGGAUUCCCUAUGCCAUGAAAAUCCAAAAACUGCGACAUAAGGAAAGGCCACCUCCACCUGCUAAGCCUCCACCAGAAGAUGAAGAAGAGUUACAGAGAAAACUGAGUGUAGGUGCUUUUCAGGAAGUCAAUAGUAAUAUACCCAUUAGUCGGGAGGAAGAGAAUCCCUAUGAGCUGCUACUGACUGCUGAGACCAAGAGGCCAGAUAAGCAAGGGUUGCUCUACUUGCAAGCAGGUGGUGGUAACGCUCAACCUCAGGUUCGAGCACGACUGACAACACUGUUACAAAAUCCACGUUGCCCUGCGAACUGUCGCGGUUCUUCUGAUUUGUCCAGUGGCCAUUCUGAAGGAGAGUCACAUGGCUAUGAAAGGCUGAACAGUGGGCAACGGAGGAACAGUUCAGGGGGUUGGAGUUUAGCCUCAGGUGAUAGUUCUGAUUCCCACAUGCUUCAGCACUUCUCUGGACUUCUACAUGGUUCUUCUCCAGUUUGUGAAGUUCGAGAUCCUCCAGUUCCUUGUGAACCUCCUUGCACAGACAGUGGAAACAACGGUGCUGCCUCGCAUAUGGAGUUGCCUCUUCGUCGCAGUUUGUCCAAAUCUGAUUCAGACCUGUUAACGUGUUCCCCCCCAGCUGCUGGUGAUGGAGAAGACUGGAACCGCAGCGAGUCUUUCAGCAAUUGUGCUGCUGGGAGCAGCAAGAAAAGACUAGAGAAGUCUCCUUCCUUCACAUCUGAGUGGGAUGAGAUUGAUAAGAUAAUGAACUCAAUUGGAAAGGGCAUAGAAUUCUCUCAGGAGCUACAGGUCAUGGCAGGGUCUCGUAUGCCUUGUCAGAGUGUAGCCCAGUGGUUGCAGUCUCUGGAUCUUCCUCAGUAUGAGAGUAAAUUUGUGUUGAAUGGUUUCGAUGAUGUCCGUUUUUUGACAGAUAAUAUUAUGGAAGAUCAGGACCUGAUAGACAUUGGGAUUCUGGACUUACAACAUCGUCGACAAAUUCUUCAAGCAACUCAUUCUCUAACCAAAUCACCUGUCAUGUUUCCUGAGAUGUCUGUAGCCUCAUGGCUGUAUUCACUGUCCCUGCAGCAGUAUGCUUCCAGCUUUCUUAGCAGUGGUUAUACCUCUAUGGAAACGCUACACAAUUUGUGGGAACUAGAGAUCGUAAAUGUAUUGAAAGUAAAUUUAUUGGGUCAUCGAAAAAGAAUAUUGGCAUCACUGGCAGAGAGACCAUGUGAGGAUCCUCCACAGAAACCACCUCGAUUCUCUCAUUUACGGUGUCACGAUGUCCUCCCACAUUCUAUGCCUUCCAUUCCAUUUGGAGAUCGCAAUACUGGGUUUGAUUCCAGAAAAAGUAGAUCAGAUGGAUCAGAAAGCAGAGAGCACCAUAAGGUGCUAACAUCUGUAAAGGAAGAAACUAAGUUAACUUUCCGGCCUCCCAGUUUGGCUACUUCAUAUUCUCCCUUACAAAACUGGCAGCACCAACCAGAGAAGUUGAUAUUUGAGUCAUGUGGUUAUGAAGCCAGUUAUUUGGGAUCUAUGCUAAUUAAAGAUCUACGAGGGACAGAAUCCACACAAGAUGCGUGUGCUAAAAUGAGGAAGUCCACAGAACAUAUGAAGAAAAUUCCAAGGAUUACCCUUUCCAUAAGCUACAAAGGUGUGAAGUUCAUUGAUGCUUCAAAUCAGAAUGUAAUUGCAGAACAUGAGAUCCGGAACAUAUCUUGUGCCGCUCAAGAUCCUGAAGACCUUUGUACUUUUGCUUACAUCACAAAAGAUCUGCAGACCAGCCAUCAUUACUGCCAUGUUUUCGGCACUGCUGAUGUGAACCAGGCCUAUGAAAUAAUUCUUACUCUAGGUCAGGCAUUUGAGGUUGCAUAUCAACUGGCUAUACAGGCACAGAAAUCCCGUCAUCCUGAAGCAGUAGUCUCUCAACCCUCAAAACCGAUUCCUAAACCACGUGGCAGUAUAAAGCGACAGAAUAUAGAGUCUUCAGAAUGUGAGGAGCCUCUAGUCUCUCAUGGAAGUGUACCAUGGACAGUGAAUCCCAAACCAUAAUACUGAGCCAAUUUCUGAUACAAUACGUGCUGCAGUUGAGAAUCUCUUUCAGUUCUUCAGUUUUCCUCUUCUGGGAAAAGCAUAAACAUGUGGAGCCCUGAAUGAUCAAAGAAAUGGAGUUGCCCUGUAGCAUUAUUAUGAUUCAGAACUAACAAAAAAGGGAUCCGAAUAUUCCAUCCUAAAUGUGAUGAAAAGUUAAUAUACAAAUAGGCAGUUAUCAUAUCUAUUUUUUUAUGCACAACCACUCACAAUGUAACACAUUUUUUUGAGGUUUUUUUGAGCUUGAGGGUAACUGUUUAGGACAUGACCAUUGAAAGCAUUGUGAGGUAUAUGUUGUGUGUUUGUCUCUUCUUUAAAUACAUACGAUAGCUUAAUAAUCCUACAGUAAUCAUCUAUUCUCUACAUUUUAACUAUUGAUCAAACAUUUUCAUACCAGCGGGUUCAAUGUGAUAAACUCGCAACAUGUGUCAGUGAUAGGUCCCGUCCUGACCUCGCUGCUCUUGACAGGAUCGCACAGCAAUAUACUGAUUUAUAAUGUUGUGUAACCCUAAAAGUCCUGAAAUUAAUUGUAUUACACUGACAUAAUACUGUCGGAGUAAUACCAAAGAUUCCAGAACUCUGAGGGUUACACAGCAUU